AUGGCUCGCUGUAGUAACAUCAUUUUGGGAAUUCUAAAUGGCUUCGCUUUGAUUAUAGGCAUUGGGAUCAUUGCCUGGGUAAUAAGUAUACGUAAACAUUGGGGAACAGAGUGCAUGCAGCUGCUGCUAGUCCCUUUGUUGGCGAUAGGAAUCGUGAUAUCAGUGUUUUCCUUGGUAGGGUUGAUUGGUGCAUGUUGUAGGUCUAAUUUCUAUCUAUGGAUUUACAUGUUCAUGUUAGCUAUAUGGAUUAUUGGGCUUGUAGUUGGUGCGGUUUUCAUGUUCUACGUAGCUGGUUCAAGGUCCGAAAUGCAGGAACAAGGGCAAAAGAGUUGGUUGCAGACUUAUUAUCUGGUUGGAAAACGGUGGCCUGCUGUGAGGAACUGUCUAGUUCAAGGGAAGAUUUGCCAGUUAAUGCUGAGUGAAGCUACGAGUUUAGAGGAGUUUCAGAUGGAAAACACUAGACAUCCAAUACAGGAUGGUUGUUGCAGGCCACCAGACGGCUGCGGAUUUGAAUUCAAGAAUGCGACAUUUUGGACAGUUCCCAAAACGGGUUUGGUUAAGAAAGAUGGCGAUUGCAUGGUGUGGAACAAUCAGCCAGAUAAUCUAUGCUUCGACUGUGAUCGAUGCAAGGAACUAUUUGUUUCAGAUCUCAGAAAGGAUGCACUGUACUUUGGUAUAAGCCUAACUUUUGAACUUUUAUUCGUCGUUAUCACCUAUUCCGUUGGAUGCUGCGCCAAGAGGAACAAUGAAACGAGAUACUACCCUGGUUAA